AUGUCUUAUGUUAAAAAUGAAAUGAACACAAUUCAACAAGCGCAAAUUAAUAUUCAAGCUACAAUUGAUAAUGUUGAUAGUGUUUUUUUGUAUUAUAAUGAAUAUGGUGCCGAUUGGCUAAAAAAUGCUACGGUCAGCCCUGAUGCAGUUGUUCAGAUGGCAAUUCAACUUACAUAUUAUAAACUCCAUGGUAAACCAUGUCCGACUUCUGAAUCUGUUUCUACUAGAG